AUGACGUUUGCAUUUACAGUAUCAGCGUUCAUCGUGAUGGAAUUUCCAUUAAAUUCCAGCGAGUUGGCCAAUAAUUUGACCGUAACAUCCGUGAAUGCGUCGACCCAUUCUGAACUCAAUCUACCAUACACAGUUUGCGAGAUCUUAGUGGCAGUGUGUGCGGUAUUUGGUAAUGGUCUGGUGAUCGUUGUCUUCAGCAAAGAGAGGAAACUGCGUCGACGAACCAAUUAUUACAUCAUCUCCUUAGCAACGGCUGAUCUAUUAGUUGGGUUAUUCGCCAUACCUUUUGCCAUUUUGGCUAGCAUCGGUUUGCCGACGAAUUUACACGCCUGUCUGUUCACCGUUUCUAUCUUGAUCGUCCUUUGCACGAUCAGCAUCUUCUGCCUGGUGGCGGUGUCCGUAGAUCGUUACUGGGCGAUACUUCAUCCCAUGGGAUACUCGCGGACCGUACGCACUAAAACUGCCAUAGGUAUAAUUUGCGUGUGUUGGAUAGCCGGCACAUUGGUUGGGUUCUUGCCUCUUUUAGGGUGGAACGCGGGCAAGAAAUCCAACGAGAAAUGCAUCUUCACUGAGGUGAUGGAUUACGAUUACUUGGUGUUCCUGUACUUCGCUACGAUCAUCUUUCCCGCGCUAUUAAUUGCAGCCUUUUACGCCCAUAUAUACCGAGUGGUUGUAAAGCAGUUACAACAGAUUGUAACAAUGAAUCCGGGCCGCCGAAGUGGAAAUCAAACAACUGGAACUAUGCUACGUUUACUUGGUGCAGCUAGGAAGCGUGAAGUGAAAGCGACGCAGAAUCUAUCACGCAUCGUAAUUUUCUUCAUCAUCUGUUGGUUUCCACUCUACACAAUCAAUUGUAUAAUGGCGUUCUGUCAAAAGUGCAGGGUGCACGAUGUUCUGAUGAACUUUUGUAUAAUCCUGUCGCACUUGAACUCGGCUGGCAACCCAUUAAUCUACGCUUACCAUCUAAAGGAUUUCCGUGCAGCGCUUAAGAACUUCAUGUGGAAUCUUCUAUUUCCUCAAAAUGAUGUAAAAUCCAGUGCAAUUAGCGUGAUUCAUGAUCGUGGUUCUUUCGUUGGUUCCCAGAGACAGUUACAGAGGCAGAUCGGAGGUUUGCCAUCUACAAGAGGACCGAGAUCGAAUUUACUACGUCAGGUAACUGACGUUAGAUCGAAAGGAUCGUUCUCUGUAUCUCGAAAUGUUUCAAUUCAAGAAAAAGAGGCCGGUAAUGUAUCAAGUUCGUCACACAGUGAAAAACAGGAGAUUGAUAACACGAGUCAGUAUAGUAACGAACUUCAGCGAAACGAAAGUGACAAUUCCAGGAGUACUAAAGUCGAUUCAAAUGCCUCAAAAUCGUCUUCUCACGUUACUUCAAUGGAACUACAGAUUCAUAAACCUUUAAUGCCACUUCUUCCGGCAGAAGUGGAUCAUAUUGAGGAAACACCUCCAUCAUCUAUUUUUGUCAUUGAAGUGGACGUAAAUCAUGUCGAAUCUGUUCAUGAAAAGUUAGAUGAGGAUUUGAUGGAAAGUAAAGAUAAAGGUUGA